AUGGCCAGCUUCAGGUUUCUCCUGGCCACCUGUCUGCUGGCUGUGCUGUUGCGGGAGGCAUGCGCAAUUCCAGCACUCCAGGGCCCUGUCAAGACCAAAGGCAAACAUGUGAUCCCUGAACAGGAAACAGAGAAGGCCUUGGGUACCAGAGCCAUGGAGCCCCUGGAGAAGGACAACCAGCUGGGGGCACUGUUCCCAGUACCCAAGCAGAAGCUUGCAGCCGAUGAGGAAAAGCACCCAGAUGCCAUGACCUGGGUGGAGACUGAUGACAUCCUGAGCCGUUUUCGGAACCCCCUUGAGGGUCCAGAACCGGAUCUUGACAGCUUGGACCAUCCCACGUUUGAGGAGGUCCAGGAUGAGGAAGUGCUUCAGAUGAGGCCCAUGCUGCAUCGUCAGGUGCUCCAGGGACCAGAGGAGGACCUUGACCACCUCGCCCACUCUCUGGAGGACUCUGAAGAGGCCUAACCACUCUCCCACCCCUGCCCUGAGGUCCAGGUUGUUGGGACCACUGACUCUCCCCAGCUAGAAAAAAUAAACACCUGCAAA